AUGAAGGAGGAUGUUGAUUUAUUGCCCGUAAUAGAGGAGGAAUCUGAAACGAGCUUCUUGUUGCAUCCCACAAGUUUGGCACUAGUAUUGCCUUGCAUGGAUCAGAUUUUUCAAUCAAAGGAUCUGAAAAGGAAAGCUAGAGCAGAGAGGUUUGGGAUUGCACAGUCUGCACCUGCGGAUGAGGAAGCAAAGAAGAAGGCUAAAGGUACUCACUUGAGAUCAUUGCACGGAAUAUUUUUAGAUCAGGAUUAUAUGGCAGAUUUACACAACCAGAUGAUGAAUCAAUUCCAUGACAUUAAUGAUCCAGAUAAGGCUAUUUAUCGAACUCUUAAAGAGGUUUCUCGUGCUAGUUCUCUUGGAAGUAGGGCAAUGAAGCAAGUCUCACAGAAAAUACAGACUUUAGCUGUUAAAGCAGCUGGACAAGAUGCUAGCGUUGCUGCCUUGAGGAAGCUUGCUGAGGAAUGGAAGGAGCUUUCAAGAAAACAGUCUUCUAUUGAAGCACUUAGGGGAUGUCUAAAAAGUUUCAGGGGAAAGGUACAACUUAUUUUGUUUGGUGAGGAGACUCAGAAAGAGAAGAAGGCUGCUAAAGAACAUGCAGCAGCUGUGAAAGCAUCUGGAAAUAAUAAAUAG